GCAGCAGUGGCCAAUAUUUUGUUAUAAGCACCCUGUGUACAAUUAUAGUAAAUAAAACAAAAAAAUAGUGAAAUGAUGAAGGAACAUGAUUUAUUAUUGAAUAUAGACAAUAAAGAAAUAUUGAUAGAGAUUCUCAAUCAUUCCAUUGACUUCCUAAUUGGAAAUCAGGAUGAGCAACAAACAAUGCGGAUGUCGCAUAAAUACGGAUUCCAUAAUCCAGAUGAUUUUCUAUUAACUACAAGAAGUAUAGCAAAAUUCUAUCGCACCAUUUGCACCAACGAUGCAAGCAGUGGCCAACAUAGCGAUUUUGUAAAGUUGGAAUUAUCCAACUUAACACCAGAAUUCCAGAAAAUUAUUACAUCAGCUUUGCAGUCCAGACGAAAUGAAGUGCUGUAUUAUUUGAUACGAGAACAGAACGCUAAUGAGUAUUCAUUAAUAGAAUCAUUUGAUUGGGAUACACGCUUUCUUUUAGGCGAUAGCAGUUUUGCGCAGAAUAAUAAAUUAUUAACUACUUUAACCUUGAAUUUGCGUCGAAACCAUCGACAAAACUAUCUUAUGCAGCAACUGCAUGUGCAAAUGGAUUAUAACCAAAUAAAUAAAUUUGUUAAGGAGAUUGAAGAUGCUUUAGAUGAAUCCAAAUAAAUUACUAUAUAUUGUCGACAGAA